ACUCAUACAGCACUUGAUCAACUACAUAUCACAUAACCUCUGAUUUUAAGUUACUCAAGCUUCAGACCUGUUUAUUGACUGCAUCCCCAUCAUCUACAUAUUAAUUCGUCCCCUUGUUCUCUUACUUGGGGCUGGUUCUUCCUACCCAAACAAAUAAAACACUACCAGUACCUGUGUUUACUUUCUGCCACAGGUUGCCGUCACUAACUCUUGAUUUUAUGGCGAUGAACCGGUUUGAAAUAAACUACUUACGUGAGAUGGAUACCGUUCACGUAAGGUACAUUUCUAUAACGGAUAUAAAAUCCUGUCAGUCCCGAUUUCAUUCACACAACUAGCCCAGGGUCGAUUGAAGUCAAAGUUUCUUAAAACCGUUAAAUUUUAAAAACACAAUGAACAAAAAUCUGCUAAUUUUGUUGGUCUUGGUUCUAAGUGAUCUUUCCUGUCCCACUUUUGUCAAGCCGGGCCCUUUCCUCGACUCAACGCUUGCCAAAGGUCUCUGGGUUUCUAAUAAAGACAGAAUUGAACCUCCUCACUCCCUCUUUGAGGGAGGAUGGGUGUGGACUGCGUCCGAUAAUUUGCAACUGACUUAUAUCUGUCGUGCCAAAAUAGACGUUUCGAACGACGUGAGUAUAAUGCCGGGAGAGUUGUUGAACGAGACCUGCUACGUGUCGGGAAAUCCAUCUGGGGCCUCAGUACUAGGCGUGAGGGCCUUUAAAGAGUAUGAAGUCCUUCUCAAGACGGAGGACGAAGUGUAUGAAUGGACCGAUUUUGACGGGAAAGAAGGCACUGUGGCUAAUGGCGCGAUUAUCGGGGGGAUUGGGUCGCACUAUGAGCCAAUCUUGGUUUGCCGGAAAUUCUUGAACGGAACGGGACACGAUAUUGGCAAGUCUAAGGCAGUCUUGGGGCAAUUUUCUCCAGAGAAAGGGGUGUGUUUUUAUGAAGUGGAGGUUAACCUGUCAGACUGGAUUAAAUGGGAUGUUAGUUUGGCCACGGAAAAAUUUCAACUUCUUAUUUUACGGGCUAGAGGAAAGGAACAGUGUGCUGUUGAAAACAAAACCUAAAUGGUAGCACUAGUUGGGAAACGAAUUAAUCACAAAGUUGAUACUGUGACUUGCAAAAUCUAACUUGGUAUAUUAUUCUCCGACAGUUCCCUACUCUAUAUAAAUAAUUGUACAUAGGUGUUAGCUAAAAGUGCAAAUUACUUUAACCAGAAAGAUCAAAUUCGAACUUUAAAAUUUAAAUAGGAUAUUUUGUAUCUGAUAAAUAUCGUACAAGAGUGCUAUAGCACUCUUGUACGAUAGUUUAAACUAAAAUAAAAUAGUUUAAACUAUUUUAACAAUGUUGGCGAGUUGUGCGUACAUUUAGAAAGUUUUAUAACUAAAGGGAUAAAAUCUUGAUGAAAUAACGGAAUCUAGAUAUGGUGUUAUAUGUAUUGAGGGUUUUCACGGUUUCGUUAGUAACCAAUAUUUUUGCAAGCUAAAAAGACGCUCUUGAUCGGAGUAUAGUUUACAGAAGUUUGUAACCAAAUAUUCGUUAGAAAUGAUUUAAAAUUUUGUAAAAGUUUAUAAGCUACAGAAUUCACAGUGUUUGCGUUGUUACCAACGACGCCGUGAAAUACCCCAUUAUAUUUUGUUUGGUGAAUGUAAGUACAUUUAAUAAUGGUA